GAUAACAAUGGUGCUGAAUGUAGUGGACCUACAGUGCUCAAAAUGCUACAAAAAGAUCAAGAAACUUCUCUGCAAAUUUCCUGCGAAAUGGACUGAGUCGUUGUAUUAUGAACAAAUUAAUUAAAGAAAUACGAGAUCAGGAGUAUGAUGAGAAGGCAAACAAGGUGAAAAUCAAGGUGGUGUGCUGCUCGCCGGAGAAGAUCAGGGAUAAAUUACGCUGCAAGGGUGGUCGUUCCAUCAAGAAGAUUGUGAUCAAAGUGCCAGAAAAGCCUAAGCCUCCAGAGGAGAAAAAGAAGGAGCCUUCAGAUAAGAAAAAGGCGGAACCGGAAAAGCCUCCAAAGGAGAAGAAAGAGGAGAAGAAAAAAAAUGAGGAAGUGAAGCUUCAGGUUACUCUUCCUCCGGGAUUUUGUUGGGGUCCAUAUGGAUAUUGUGGAAGACCGGUUUGCGACUGUUUGGGUUGGGGCUGCUACAGAUGCGGUUGCGUCAAUUACUGUACUGAAGAAAAUCAAAUUUUGUGCACAAUCAUGUAAACAUGUCAUUGCCUGCUUCAUCAUCUUCAACCUACUGGACUGGACUCCGUACGUUUAAUUAUAUGCAUGUGUGUUAAUUUUGCUUUCCUCUAUCAAGUACUACUAUUUUUUUUUCUUGUUCCUACUUGGUUCUUAAUUAAGAAAAAGAACAGUAAGAU